AUUGGAGAUGUUCUAAACCACACUUCGGGCUGAAAAGCGAGUUUUGCACCGAGUACAUCCCACAGCUCUUACGCAGAGCAAAUUCAUGAAAGCAGUAGAGCUGCUAAGCUGGCCAGAUCAUGCACUCGCCUAUAUAACCCACUAACACAGACUCGACAAGUGCAUUUCCAAGUUCUAAUCGGUUACACAACAAUCGUCAUGGAUCCGAUCAACGAGCCCCUUCUCUCUUCUCCACCACAAAGAAGCUGUUCCGCGAGCAAAGCUCUCUUGGUCACACCGAUCGUCCUAUCUAGUCUGCUUUGCUUUUGCUUCGCCGCCUUCCUCCUCCUCAGCCCUGCCACGGUCACGGUGGACCUCUGCACGAACUCCCCGGACCCGGCCUCGUGCCACGCCAUCGUCGCCGACGCCGUCCUGGCGUCUCCGGACGCCCGCCCGAGCCGACCGGUGCAAGUGCUUCGCGCGAUACUCGUCAGGUCCCUCGACCAGCAUGACGCGGCCGCCGUUGCGGUGGCCGACAUGCACCGGCGCGCCAGCGACCCCAGGCACCGCGCGGCGCUCGCGGACUGUGUCCACCUGAUGGAGCUCGCGCGCGACCGUCUCGCCGGCGCGGCGGACCACGCCUCGGUGGCGCCGGAAGACGCGCGGACGUGGCUCAGCGCGGUGCUCACCGACCACGUGACGUGCCUGGACGGCCUCGACGACGGGCCACCGCGCGACGCCGUGGGGGCGCAGCUGGAGCCACUCAAGUCCCUCGCGAGCGCGUCGCUCGCCGUGCUCAACGCCGUCGGCUCUGGCACGGCCGCCGCCGACAUGCUCGCCGAGGUGGUAGACGAGCUUCCAUCGUGGGUGCCGACUGCAGACCGUGCGCUCCUCGAAGGAUCACGCGCCGGCGCCGUCCAGGCGGACGUGGUGGUGGCCAAGGACGGGAGCGGCAAGUACAAGACGGUGCAGGCGGCGGUGGACGCGGCGCCGGACCGCGGCAAGAGCCGGUACGUGAUCUACGUGAAGAAGGGGGUGUACAAGGAGAACCUGGAGGUGGGGAAGAAGAAGCGCGAGCUGAUGAUCGUGGGGGACGGCAUGGACGCGACAGUGAUCACCGGCAGCCGCAACGUGGUCGACGGCGCCACCACUUUCAACUCGGCCACUCUAGCCGUGGCGGCCGACGGGGUCAUCCUGCAGGACCUCAGGAUCGAGAACACGGCGGGGCCCGAGAAGCACCAGGCGGUGGCCCUGCGCGUGAGCGCCGACCGCGCCGUCAUAAACCGCUGCCGCGUCGACGGCUACCAGGACACCCUCUACACGCACCAGCUGCGGCAGUUCUACCGCGACUGCUUCGUCUCCGGCACCGUCGACUUCGUCUUCGGCAACGCGGCGGUCGUGCUCCAGAACUGCGUGAUCACCGCGCGCCGGCCCGCGCACGGCCAGAAGAACGCGGUCACCGCGCAGGGCAGGACGGACCCGAACCAGAACACGGGCACAUCCCUCCAGCGGUGCCGCGUCGUGCCCGCGGACGACCUGGCGCCCGUGGCCGAGGCGUCCCCGACGUUCCUGGGCCGGCCGUGGAAGGCCUACUCGCGGACGGUGUACAUGCAGUCGUACCUGGGCGCGCACGUCCACCCGAGGGGGUGGCUGGAGUGGGACGGGGACUUCGCGCUCAGCACGCUCUUCUACGGGGAGUACGCGAACGAGGGGCCCGGGGCCGGCACGGCCGGGCGCGUCAAGUGGCCGGGGUACCGCGUCAUCACGGACCGGAGCGUGGCCGUGCAGUUCACCGUGGGGCAGUUCAUCCAGGGCGGCUACUGGCUCAAGGGCACGGGUGUGGCGUACGACGAUGGGCUCUGAUCCGUGGUUACUGGCCCUUCGUUUCAUGUUUGUUUACUCCCUCAUCAAUCAAUCUUUAAUGGCAGUUCUGUCGGUUGGCCGUUCGAUCACCACGGCAUCCUAAAUAAAAGUGAUUUAUCAGUGUCACUCGUGUUACCUAUAAUCUUGUGGCAAGCACAAGCAUAAAACCUCGGGUGCUUGAGUUGAUCUGAUUGGAUGUUGCAUUUCAUGCUUAA